AUGUCAAUGCGGGACAUUGGCAAACCUCCGGUUCGUGGCAAGACUUCGCCUUAUGGCUUCUUCGUGAAAAUGUGCUAUGAAGAGCACAAAAAGAAAUACCCAAAUGAGAAUGUGCAAGUGACUGAGAUAUCAAAGAAGUGCAGUGAAAAAUGGAAGACGAUGUCUGAUGAUGAGAAAAGGCGCUUCUAUGAAUUGGCUCAGAAGGAUGCGGAAAGGUACCAAGCAGAG